AUGGCCGACGCCGGGCACCGUCCCCUGACUGGCGCUGCGCGCGCAGGUGCGCGUGGUGAUCCCCAGGUGCUGCAGAUCGGAAAUGUCCUUACGAUUGUCUCGCUUGCCUUUUUUGCCGUUUCGCUGCUUGCCUCGCUGAGCGGUGUGCCGGGUCCUGUCCCAGUGCCCGACUACCCCCUUGCGUCGUCCGCGGGCGGUGUGUGCAGUCCGUUUGUCAAGCCGGGCUACAUCGAGCACGACCCCUACCCCGUGUGGCGCGCGUACGACGACGCGUGCGAGUCGCCGCGCCUCUUUGCGAGCCUCCUCGGCACGGUUCCGGGCGCGACGAGCGGCCCUGUUGCGUCGGUGCGUCCUACGUCGGUCUCGACGCAGGCGCACCGCGACCUUGUGCGUACGGUCCAGAACCGUACCGUGCUCCUGGUCGGCGAUGUGGUCGACCGCACCAUGGUCCAGGACCUCUGCCAGAUGCUGGGCCAGGCUUCGGUCCCUGUCACGGCUGAGCAUGUGUACGGCAGCGCGCUCAAGGCGGUGAACCACAAGACGCCUCCUGGCGACACGCUUCUUGCAGACUACUGCUACGUCGACCAGUACGACACGCUCUUCGCCUCGUUCUACCACUACGGCACGGACACCGACAAGCGCUGGCGCGAUCAGCUGACCUACUUCCCGCCCAGCACCUUUGAGUCGCGCAUGGAGGAUCUCCUGACGCCGUUCCUCGAGUCGCUGCGUCGGCCCCGUCUCACGGCGCAACUCCCUCGUCCCCGUAAUGGCGUCGACCUCGCCGUCUUUUCGACGGGUCUGUGGGACCUUGCGACGUGGGCGCAGGAGGACAUUUCUUCUGGCAUGACUGCGACGUCGGACCUGAGCAGCGACCGCCUCAAGGCGUGGCGUGCGCGCACUGUUGACAUGAUUGAGUCGCUCCGCGAGGUCGUCGGCCAGUCGACGCGUAUUGCCUGGCGCAGUAUUCCCUAUGCGACGCCUGCGCACGGCUCGAUCACGACGCUCCUUGCGUCGCUCCGUUCGAGCUACAAGCCGGUGGACGAAACGGGCAAGCAGCCCUUUGCGUACGGCAACCGCAUUGCGCAGCUGAACAAUGCGCGCAGCGCCACGCUCUACCUCCGCGACUCUGUGCGGAGUGCGAGCAACAAGAAGCUGUGGACCCCCGCGAGCCACCCUACGGUUGGCGACAUCCCCCUGGCCGAGGUCACGCUCGGCGAGGAGGACAAGCAGAACCCCAGCUCGUUAGCGCCCAGCAUUACCCCCCAUGCCUUCCUCUUCUGGGACAUGGUGCUGGCGGAGCUCCGUACGGCGGUCGCGUCGCGGUAUGCAGACCAGUUCCUGAGCGCCACGCGCCCGUUCGACCGGGACAAGGCCGAGCAGGACCUGUCGAUUCAUCUGAAGAAGGCAACGAGCGCAGAAGAGACUGCGCCGAAGCAAAAGCAUGUGCGGAAAUGCAUCGUGUACACGUGGGAUCACAAGUCGUCGCUGAGCGUGUGGUCGGGCCUGCGCGUCCUGCCGAUCCUCAACGAUGAGGUGCAGACGUUCAAGGCGCUGAUUCUUGUGCACAAAGUGCUCCAAGAGGGCCACCCGAUCGUGCUGCGCGAGGCACAGUCGCACAUCAACUGGCUCGAUACCUGCUCGCGCAUGUCGGGCAACUCGGUGCACCGUGGCUACGGCACGCUAAUCAACGCGUAUGUCUCGUUCAUUCUCGCGAAGCUGCGCUUCCACCGUGCGCACAAGGAGUUCAACGGCUUGUUCGAGUACGAAGAGUACGUCUCGCUGAAGAACAUCGACAACCCCGACGAGGGCUACGAGACGAUCAUGGAGCUCAUGACUCUGCAGGACCGCAUUGAAAAGCUCCAGAAGCAGGUGUUUUCGACACUCCGGGGACGCAUGAACAACGAGUGCCAAAUCUCGUCGCUCGUGCCGCUCGUCAAGGAGUCGUACGGUAUCUACAAGUUCCUUACGUCGAUGCUACGUGCGAUGCACCGCCGCACGGAUGCCAUGGACGCGCUCGAGCCGCUGCGUGGCCGCUACAACGAGCAACACCACGAGCUGCGCCGCUUCUACUUUGAGUGCGCCUCGCUCAAGUUCCUCACGAGCUUGAUCAACGUGCCGAAGCUCAACACGGACCCCCCGAGCCUACUUGCACCUCCGCCGGAUGUGCCGAUGCUGCCGCCGCGUGAGCGCGAGGCGCCACGCCCCGAGACGCCGCCGCCGUCGGAGCCGACGCCGACGCAGGACGAGAUCGACGAGCAGGCACGCAUGCUCAAGGAGUACGAGGACAAGCAGCGUGCGCUCAAAGAGUCCGAGGCGCGCGAGCAGCAGCGCAUUUCCGACAAGGCUGCCGAGCAGGAGCGUGCUUUCCAGGCGCAGCAGGCCGAGCAGGCCGAGCAGCAGCGCCUCGCACAGGAGCAGCUGAUGCGUUCGCAGCAGAUGAACCAUAUCCACGGCCGCGUCGCCGAGAUGGAGCGCGAUCUCUUGCUGAUGCGUGGCCAGUACGAGCGCGACCAGCUGAUGCUGCAGCAGUACGACGGGCGCGUCAAGGCGCUCGAGACGGAGCUGGCUGCGAUCCACGCAAACGCCUCGGCGCAGAUGGCGAGCAAGGAUGAGAUGGUGCAGCAGCUGCAGGAGCAGGCCGAGACGUGGCGCAACAAGUACGAGGCGCUCGCCAAGCUUUACUCGCAGCUGCGCAAGGAGCACCUCGACCUCCUCAACAAGUACAAGCAGGUCCAGCUCAAGGCGGGCAGCGCGCAAGAGUCGAUCAACAAGAUGGAGCGCAUGGAGCGCGACGUCAAGGCCAAGAACCUCGAGCUCUCCGACAUGAUCCGCGAGCGCGACCGCGCGCGCCUCGAACUCGACCGCCUGCGGGGCGGCCAGCGCGAAGAGGUCGAGCGUCUCAAGCGCGAGCUCCGCUUUGCCGAGGAGCGCGCACAGGACGCCACGCAGGCGCGCGGCUCAGAAGUCUCGACGAUCAUGGCGCGCAUGAAUGCGCAGGUCGCCGAACUCGAAGACGAGCUGCGGUCGCACAAGUCGCAGCUCGAUGCCAAGGACGCCGAGCUGCUCAUUGUGCAAGAAGGCAUGGACUCGACGAUCCGCGAGCUGAACGACCUGCGCCUUGACCGCGGCACGAACGACGACGCGAUGAAUGCCCAAAUCGAUACCGUGAUUCUCGAUAAUACGCGCAAGCUGAGCGCGAUCAUCGACUCGAUUCUCCAGGCGUGUGCCGACAAGGUCGACGAGGCGCUGUAUGCCCUCGAGGCCCCGACAGCGUCGGGCAACACGGCCGCGACGCCAGAAUACGUCUUGUCGAUGAUCGAAAAAGGACAGUCGUCCGCGAGUGAGUUUGCCGCCGUCUUUACGCUGCACCUCGAGCAGCAGGAAGGCGGCGACCACGUCGACGUGAUCCGCAGCGCGAACCAGCUGGCGCAGGCGGCCGCCGAGUCGCUUACGUCGUACAAAGGCAUCCUGCGCUUUGCCAAGGACGAAGACACGAUGGAGCGCCUCACGACGGUCGGCAUCGAUGUCGGCAGCGUGCUCCUGCGCGUCUUUAUGAACCUGCAGUCCUUCCGCCUCGCGGGCAUGGGCCUGUCGCAGCGCCUCGACGUCGCCGCGCAGCAAAACAUGCAGGCGAACCAGGCGUUUGGGCGCCUCGCCGAUUCCGCGCAGUCGCUCAUCGCCGCGGGACAGCACAUCAAGGCCAGCGGCGAUAUCGGCGACAUGGUCGAGCGCGAGAUGCUCGGCGCGGCCGCGACGAUCGAGCAGGCGACGCAGCGCCUCCAGGCGCUGCUUGCGCGCGAAAAGUCCUCGUCGCGCUUCUCGGCCACCGAGCUGCAGGUCCACGACACGAUCCUCGGCGCGGCGCUCGCGAUUAUGAAGGCGAUCGGCGGCCUGAUCCGCGCCGCGACCGACUCCCAGGAAGAAAUCGUGGCCAAGGGCCGCGGCACGAGCACCGCACAGCAGUUCUACAAGAAGCACAACCGCUGGACCGAGGGUCUUAUCUCGGCGGCGCGUGCUGUGGCGUUUGCCUCGACGAUGCUCAUCGAGGCGGCGGACGGCGUGAUCAUGGGCUCGCACAGCCUCGAGCAGCUGAUUGUCGCCUCGAACGAGGUGAGUGCGGCGACCGUGCAGCUCGUCGCUGCGUCGCGUGUCAAGGCCGAGUUCAUGUCCCAGACCCAGGACCGCCUGGAGCGCGCGGCAAAGGCGGUGACGGACGCAUGCAAGGCGCUCGUCCGCCAGGUGCGCACCAUCACAGACAGCCAGAGCGCGACGUCAGAUCUGGACUACUCGCAGAUGGCCACGCACGAGUUCAAGGUGAAGGAGAUGGAGCAGCAAGUCGAAGUGCUCAAGCUCGAAAAGGAGCUCACGCAGGCGCGCCGUGUCCUGGGCGCGAUGCGCCGCGCGGGCUACCAUGCCACCGAGGACGAGUAA